AUGUUGGUCCCCAACGAACAGGCCGUGGAGAGUAUACCUCUGAAUUGCAUAGUUAAGCCUCUUGAAGAACCAGAGAAAAUGACCAAUAUUAUUCUUCAAGCUCUGGAAAUAACUGGACAGAGAGGCGUCAUCAACCGGGGCUGGGUGGCAGAACCAAGUGAUUCUGUGUAUUUAGUGGACACUUGCCCCCAUGAUUGGCUAUUCCAACGAUGCUCUGCUGUGGUGCAUCAUGGGGUUGCUGGGACAACUGCAGCUGGUCUGAAAGCUGCGUGUCCAACCACAAUUGUACCAUUCUUUGGGGACCAGCUAUUUUGGGGGGAGAGGGUGCAUGCCAAAGGAGUAGGUCCUGCACCCAUUCCAGCUGAUGAAUUCUCGCUUGAAAAGUUGGUCGAUGCCAUAAGCUUCAUGUUAGAUCCAAAGCUUUCGUUCUCUAAAGAUGACCAAGAGCUGCUGAAACCUCUUCUUGAUUAUAUAGACACCAUGGAAGGGGCAACUUUAUCUGACAGGCAAGCUUCUGCCCAUAUAUGUGAUGUUGGGGAAGAGUCGGUGGGAUUGCGAAAGAAGCUUGCAGCCCAAGAUUCUGGGGAAUAA